AUGUACCCGUAUCCCAAACGCCGGCGCCUCACGGGUGACGUCCCAUUCCCAACCGAGCUCGAUAACGGACCAGGACUUUCCUCGCCACCAGCCUUUGCGCCGGGCCUCAACAACGACUGGGCUCUCCCGCAGCGGCAUGCGCCUGCAUACACACCUUCGGACUCGACCGAUGGCCCUGCCUUCCCUUCUCCACUAGGUGCCACCAGCUGGGGCCAUGACGGGUUCUUGCAUGAUCCGGGGUUCCUUGCGUCGCAGGAGGAGCUGCGAUGUAUGCUUUUUACAAUCGCCCAGUCUGCGGCGCCGACGAGGGCGGCGAGUCCGGAUGGGAAUGGGCAGGAUGAGGAUGAGAGAGAGAGACGGAUGGAGAGGGAUCCCUUGCCAAUGCGAUCGGCGCUUUCCAGUCGGAGAAGAGUUGAGUACUUGAAGAAUUACGUGGGACAAGUUGCUCCAUGGCUUGACAUGUUCGAUUCUCAGUGCACGUUUCGCGUGCAAAUCCCGGCCCUCGCUCGCACUUUUCCUGCUCUACUCAAUGCGAUACUCGCCAUAUCAGCUCGACAGAUGGAGCGAAAGGAGGGUAUUCAGGACUCGUUCGAUAGUAUUGAGCUCUACCAGGAGGCUAUUCGCUUGCUCAGUCCACUGCUACAGAUGCGCGAUCCUAAGGUGAUCGCAGCUUGCGUCUUGCUCUGCUGCCUCGAAAUGAUGUCGGCACGAGCGCAGGAUUGGCGACGCCACCUGGAAGGGUGCACGGCUCUCUUCGACGCUUUUGGAAUCAAUGGCUUCAGCAGCGGACUACUGCAGGCCGUGUUCUGGUGUUACGUGCGCAUGGAUUUAUGCGGUGCACUUAUUUCAGACGGGACUCAGAGCACCCUGCUUCGUCCCAGCAAGUGGCUUGCGCCUGACUGUCGGGAAGAAGAUGCAGCCCAGCUUUUCCAGGCCACCCAGUCCCCAGAUAUGCAUGCAAAUUAUGCUGUUUACUUGUGCGCAAAGACCUGCGAGCUGGUUGCCGACCGGACUCAGUUUCUCGAGCUGGGCGCACAGAAUGAUUGCACAGGUGACGUCUUCCAGCGGCGCUGGCUUCGACUCUGGGAUGACCUGCAGCAGUGGGUGGAGGAUCGACCACCGGAGCUGCUGCCGGUCCAGACGACUCAAACCAAGCCUUUUCCGCACAUCCUGUUCUUGCACUGGGCCGCCAUAUCCUCAAACCAGCUCUACCACACCGCCUGUAUUCUCCUGCUGAAUAUCAUGCCAAAGAGCAUCAAGCUACGGUCGGCGCCGAUCGUAUCAGCGCUGUGGCAUGCUCGGCGGAUCUGUGGCAUAUCCCUUGCAAACCCUCACCAGGGGUGUCUGAACAAUGCCAUCCAGCCUUUAUGGAUUGCCGGGCGCCUGUUCAGCCAUGUCUCUGAGCAUGCGAUCAUCAUUGACAUUAUUCGAAAGAUCGAAGCGGAGACGGGAUGGGGUGCAUGCUGGCGGAUCCGCGAUCUGGAACUUGCCUGGGGGUACCAGUUGACUCGUCGGAGUCGGAAAUCUGGUACACAGCACUCGCCGGUAGCUGGAUGA